AUGGAGAUGCAGGCUGAAGCAGAGCGUAAGAAGAGAGCUCAAGCGAAUAUUAAUAUUGCUGAUGGCAAGAAGAAUGCAGUGAUCCUUGCAUCAGAAGCUGCUAAGCAGGAUCAGGUCAACAGAGCUCUAGGAGAAGCAGAAACUAUCCUUGCAAAAGAAAUUGCUAUGGUGUCAAAAGCCCUCAAAGAAACUGGGGGUGUGGAGGCAGCAAGUUUAAGAAUAGCUGAGCAAUAUAUUCAAGCCUUCAGCAUGAUUGCGAAGGAGGGAACAACGGUGUUACUCCCGUCCAGUGCUUCCAACCCCGCCAAUAUGAUGGCUCAAGCUCUUGCCAUAUACAAGAACAUGAUUGGCAAAAACUCUGGCAAGGGGCUUUCUGAGGGUCCUGAAGUCGGAUCAACAGAUCACACAAAAACUGAUGCUCUAUCUUGGGAAUCUGGUGAUGAGAGUUGCACAACUACCCAACCCGCUAGUCAAGAUCAUCUGGGUGAACCUGUUUUCUCCCUACAAAGCCCAAAGAAGGAUCUGAAAUAAGAGAGAAGAUGAAAAGGUGAUUGAUUACAUAUCAAUGUGGAAAAAGGAAUUCUCUGUGGUAUUCUAACUUUAAACACACAUGUGGUAACAGUUUGUUCCUGGGGAAAGCAUAUAUGAAACUGACAAUUGAUGAGAUAGAAAGUAAAUUCGUGGUAGCCUAUCCUCUGCGAGUAGAGUUGCUAUGUAGCGGCUCAUUGAGGUUUUGAGGAGACACUAAAAAAUGGGAAUUUUGCAUGUGGAUUGCUGAUGCUCAAAGUCAAGAACGGCCAUAGAACAUAGUGUUGUCUUUCUUACAGUUGAACGUCUGGAUUGCUAAACCAAUCAUUUCUGUAAGUGCACGGCUGUUAUUUUCAGAAUUGUUAUAUUUCGUUCGCUUAGAAAGCUUUGUUGGAAGUAAGUGAUACAAGGCGUGAGGUUUUUUCUUCUGCUUUAACUUAGAAACAUGUGGAGCUG